AUGGACGCUCGCGUGCUUUUUGAGUCACUGGAGUUGUUUCAUUCAUGCGGUAUCAUUUUUCUGAUCUCCAUCUUCGCCGCUUGUUCUUUUUCAAUACUGUUCAAGCGAUAUCAAGCUCUAAAAGGAGUAGCACCGCUCCAGGAUUCUACUGAUGCAGGAGACCCUGAACAGAAGCAGGAGGAUUCCCGGGCUGUGAAGCGGCUAUUCGCUGGGCUCUCUUCGCUGCUGUUCGCGACAUCCCUCACAGAAGGAUGUGCCUCUUUGCUGGCUACUUUCCAACUUCCCGGGAAGCAAGGGCAUGUAUACUUGAUUAUAAUCUACAGACUGAGCAUUUCCGUCCUUUACGCAACCAAGCUGAUUGUUCUGAUUUACAAUAACGCACCCCCGACGGUGGCGCAUCUCUUUUGCUGGCUGAUUGCUAUUCCAUUUGAAAUUGCUACAUUCAAGGCUUUUCGGUCGACCAAGACAUUGGUUCCUACGAAGUCGGACGCACUCACAGGGGAUGGCAGCUGGUUUUCGGAAUUCAUCGAAACCGCGGCGGACAAUUUGAUCUUCGAAGCCGUUCGAGUCAUUACACUGUGCUUUCUGAUCAUUCUCUAUCGAUUACUGUAUACCUCGAAAGUCAAUAAUAGAAAGGCCAGCGGAUCGGUGCAUCAAACGCAUCCCCGUGGCUCUUCCAUCAAUGCAGAGCGCACCCAGAGCCAUGAACAAAGCGAACGGGCCGAGGACGUUGAAAUUGUACAUUCGCAGCAGAAAACCGAAAACACGAAACGGACACCGUCGGUUGGCUGGCGGAAAUGUUUCACGAGCUACAAAGCCCUGAUUCCCUAUAUGUGGCCCUCAAAGUCACGUCAUCUACAGCUUGUUGCCUGUCUCUGCUUCGCUCUCAUGGCUUUCCAGCGUAUCGUCAACAUUCUCAUCCCCUCUCAGACGGAGGCCAUGUUUGCAAGACUCCUUGACGUCUCAAAUAAUUCCUACCGGGAUAUUCUGCGGUACAUUAUCUACAUCUGGCUCCAAGGCGAAAAAGGACUGCUGAAAUCCCUGCAUUCCAUUCUCUGGGACCAUGUCAGGCGUCAUUGUUCCAUGCAGCUCUCCACCGCUACUUUCAAACACGUACACGAUCUAAGCUUGGACUUUCAUCUAGGCAAGCAAAAUGAGGACUUGUUGUCGGCUAUGAGAGACGGGGAAGCGAUCACUGCGUUUUUAGAAUUGGUAACAUUCCGGAUCAUACCUACAUUCGUUGAUUUCGGCAUCGCAGUGGGCUGUUUUUGGAUCCUCUUUGACAAAUACACGAGUCUCAUGUUAUGUAUCUUGAUAUUCGGCUACAUCUGUUUGACUGCACGCCUGGCCAAGGGGGAAAGCAAGCUCCAAAGACGAACGGUCGUCGCUUACCGGGAAGAAUAUUCCGUCAAGAAUGCAUCACUGAAACUAUAUGAGACAGUGAAAUACUACAAUGCGGAACAGUACGAGGCAAAGCGCUACUGCAAUGCCAUUGAAAACCGCCAGAUCGCCGAGUAUCGAUACUCGCUGUAUCGAGCGCUGUCGGAUAAUUAUCAGCUUGCUUUCUUUAUGAUCAGCUUUUUGGCCAUUUGUCUCAUGACAGCGCAUCGAGUGUCGCAAGGGCACCUGUCCGUUGGCCAAUUCAUGAGCUUGACGACGUACCUGUUGCAAUUACGCAGUUCUUUGAACUUUGCCGCUGGUGUCUCUCAGUCGGUCCAGACACUCCUGAUGAAUUCAGAAAGAACAUUAAAGCUGCUCCAACAGCAACCCGCCGUUGUAGAUAGUCCCCAGGCUCUUCCGCUCAUAACAUGCAGGGGUGAGAUCCGGUUGGAAAAUGCCACGUUCUCAUACGGUGGCAAGAAAAAUGCCGUAAACGGAGUUUCUUUCCAUUGUGCAGCCGGGACUACGACUGCCUUGGUGGGCGAGUCUGGCCAAGGCAAAUCAACCGUAUUUCGGCUUCUCUUUCGAUUUUACAAUCUGCAGGCGGGCGGCAUCUUCAUUGACGGACAAAACGUACACCACAUAUCAAUCGAUUCUCUUCGCAGGCAUAUCGGAGUUGUACCACAGGAUGCAGUGCUCUUCAAUGAAACGGUGAUGUACAAUUUGAAAUACGCUCACCAGGAUGCGACAGAAGAAGACGUAUACGAGGCUUGUCGUGCCGCCGGUAUACACGACACAAUCCUGGGGUUUUCCGACGGAUAUGCCACCAUGGUUGGCGAACGAGGACUCUGCCUGAGCGGUGGUGAGAGGCAGCGCGUGGCCAUUGCUCGCACGAUACUGAAAGGAGCAAAGAUCAUCUUGCUAGACGAAGCCACGGCCUCGCUCGAUACGAACACCGAAGAACACGUGCAGAAAUCCCUUGCAAAUCUUGCUCAUGAUCGGACCAUACUCGUUGUUGCUCAUCGGCUUAGCACGGUGACAGGUGCGAAUUCCAUUCUAGUCUUUCACGACGGUCAGGUGGUUGAGCGAGGUACUCAUCAGGAACUCCUCAAUCUGAAGGGCCGCUACGCCUCUAUGUGGUGGAAGCAAACCAGGGUGCAGACCAAGGAGGAAACCAAGGAGGAAAACGUGGAGGAAACCGAAGAGAAGACCUAG